CAUACCAGAAGUGCUUACAUAUUUGUUGGGUAUGUCAGGGGAUGAAUGGUAUGUUCUGCCAAUUACUGACAGUAUAUAAAGGUCCAAGGCUAGUAGAAGACACACAGUUCACCACAUCCUCUCGCAACCCACGUGAAAUCUCUUCUCUUGACAAGAUGUGUUGCAACUACAGCAACUCCUGUGGCUAUGGCUAUGGCUGUGGCUAUGGCCCCUAUUACAGCUGGAGUUAUGGACCUGGCUAUGGCUGUGGAUAUGGCUCCUGGUAUGGCUGUGGCUCUGUUUGUGGAUACGGCUGUGGAUAUGGCUCCUGCUGUGGCUACGGCCCCAGAUAUGGCUGUGGUUGUGGCUAUGGCUCCGGCUGCUAUGGUUACCGGCCAUUUUGCUAUAGAAGAUGUUAUUCUUCUUGCUGCUAGAACAUCACCCCAUUGUCCUCUAAAUAAGACACAUCUAAUGAGAGGGCUGAGUCAAGGAUUCAUACCUCACAUUUUCUAUAUCCACGAAAUUGCAUGCUUCACAGAGGCUCUCACCUCCAAGCAACAUUUCUAGAAUGGGAUCUUGUGCCUCAAGGCUGUGUGGUUUCAUCUGACUCUUUUCUAAAUGUUGGUCUUUAUUCCCCUACUCUGGAUUCUGUCAUCUGACUGUGGCAACUAGCCUAACACCCCACAGUUGGGGAAAUUCCUUAUUCUCAAUAAAAAUGAUUCUUUGAUUCUAAUAUAUCUCUGUGUUCUUGCUUGUGAAUUACUCCUUUUUCUGGAGUAUUAUGACUCCUCUUGAAAAUCUAGGUGACAAUAUGUUUCAUGAACAUGAGGGCUCUUCCUUCAUAUAAUGCAAAAGUAUCUUAUCUUAUGUGCAUCAGAGAAAAUGCCUUUUCUGCCUGUGCCUUGCACCCCUCAUGCCCAGGCCCUCACACCUCAACACAAAUCACAGAUAUUUCAGAACUUUCAUCUGGAAAUCACACUCUAUGUAGAAUGGAGGUGGAGAGGAAAGACAAGGAGGGAUGUUACCUCUUAGGAGGUUGUGACACAUGCUACAGGGAGAGGAGGUGUGGCCUGAGUACUUCAAGGAUGAAUGGAAUGGAAGCAGGAGUUUCCACAUUAACGAGAAAUUAGAAAUGGACUCGGGUAUCCAAUGAACUAAGGAAAGGAAAAUUUAGAAGAAAGAUGUGGUAUUGUAUCAUCUGUAAUUUAAUGGAAGUCAGGAUGUAUUUGUUGGCAUAUAUUGAGAGUGAGGAUAUUGAUUUGUGAGUCACUUAACUCACAAAUAGUUUAGAAUGUUCUUGAAAGGGAACUAUCCUACACUCUGAAGAUACAGGAGGAAAAUUUGGAGUACUUUCUUGCUCUCAGAGUGUUGACAUUCUCAUGGCAAUAUUUAAAAAUAAGUAGGAAUUAGUUGAAAUUAAUUUGGAGAGAUCAUCCCUAUGGAGGCAAUAAAACAUCUUACUGGGGAAGAGAUUGCAGGCUGAAGGAUUGAGAAGAUAGUUCAAGGAGGUAUUUUGACAUUUUGUGUCAAAUGCACUGAUGCCAUUUGAAAGAAAUACUAGAAAGAACAGUUGUAAGUAUAAAGGGGAAAGAGGAAUUCAUGAAGGUUGGGGUUUGAUUGGUGGUGCCACAAUUUGUAGUGGAAAAAAGCAAGGGAUAGUUUGGGAGUUGCGAGGUUACUAUUGUGUUGGGUUCUUACCAAAGUGUCUUUUCCUCAUGUGCCUUCUAGAACUCUAACAGUUAAAGCGUACAUCAGAAAAAAGUCUCUUCAGACUCAGUUUCUGCCAGCAGAAAA